AUGGCAAGGCGAGGCAGAGCAGAGCAGAGCAGAGCAAGUAAUACAUGGCAGGAGGAUGAGCAGGAGGAUGAGCAGGAGGAUGAGCAGGCGCAGGAGCGGCGUUGCGCAAAUGUCAGACGUCGCACCCAUGCGCCGACGGCAGGCGAAGGAGCGGGGGCGGCGUUUUGGGUGGAUGGGCUCGCGGUCGGAGGUGGUGGUGGUGGCAGCAAUCAAUCACACGGGCAGGCAUGGUGCAUACUAGAUACAUGGACAUACAUGGACAGAGACAUAGAUGGUUGCAUGCUACAGUGCAGUACAGAUGCAGAUGCAGAUGCAGAUGCAGCCGGCUGCAGCGUGCGCCGUGAUCCCUGGCAGAUCCCGUCCGAGUCAUGCGCGGAUUAUCAUGUAUGUAUGGGUUGA